UGGGUGCACUGGGACAGCUGCUGCCAGUGAGAGGGACCAGGGCACCACUCUCCAGGGAGGCCACGCUGCAAGUCAGGCCAGAGGGCCUCUGACCCUGAGGGCCGAUGAGGCCUGGGACAGGCCAGGGGGGCCGUGAGGCCCCUGGUGAGCCAGGCGCGGACCCCAGGCAGCGCUGGCCCCUGCUGCUGCUGGGUCUGGCUGUGAUAACCCAUGGCCUGCUGCACCCAAUGGUUGCACUGCAGAGCCGGGCCCUGGGCCCUGGAGCCCCUGGAGGAAGCAGUCGGUCCAGCCUGAGGAGCCGGUGGGGCAGCAGGUUCCUGCUCCAGCCUGGCUCCUGGGCUGGCCCCAGGUGUUGGCCUUGGGAUGUUCAAUCCAAGCAAAAUUCACUGAGGCAUGUGUUUGGCAGCGGGACCCAGCUCAGUGUUUUAGGUCAGCCCACAGCCAGCCCCUCGGUCACUCUGUUCCCGCCCUCCUCUGAGGAGCUCCAAGCCAACAAGGCCACACUGGUGUGUCUCAUGAAUGACUUCUAUCCAGGAAUCUUGACGGUGACCUGGAAGGCAGAUGGCACCCCCAUCACCCAGGGAGUGGAGACCACCACGCCCUCCAAACAGAGCAACAAUAGGUACACGGCCGGCAGCUACCUGAGCCUCACACCGCAGCAGUGGAAGUCCCGCAGCAGCUACAGCUGCCAGGUCACGCACGAGGGGAAAACCGUGGAGAAGACAGUGGCCCCUUCAGGAUGUUCUUAGGCCCCCAACCCUCACCCCACCCACAGGGGCGUGGAGCUGCAGGUUCCCAGGGGAGGGGUCUCUCCCUGCAUCUCAAGCCAUCCACGCUUCCUGUACCCAGUAAACCCUCAAUAAAUAUUCUCUUUGUCAACAAGAAA